CUGCUCGCUAGGGGUGUCGCCUUAGAGAUCGGGACUGGUUGGGAUUGUGAAAGAUCAACAUGCCUUUGGCUAGAGAUUUACUACACCCGUCCUUGGAAGAGGAAAAGAAAAAACAUAAAAAGAAACGGCUAGUUCAGAGCCCAAAUUCCUAUUUUAUGGAUGUAAAAUGUCCAGGUUGCUACAAGAUUACCACGGUUUUCAGCCAUGCUCAGACGGUGGUUCUUUGUGUAGGCUGUUCAACAGUGUUGUGCCAGCCAACAGGAGGAAAGGCCAGACUCACAGAGGGGUGUUCAUUUAGAAGAAAGCAACACUAAUGAUCCACACAACCUCUUGAAUUUGUGUUAUAUCGCAGAAAGCCUUAUCAGUUCAGUAAUUCCAGUUAUCUACCAAGAUAAUGUAAUUAUGCUUAAUUUUGUAAGGUUUACAACAGUGAUGUCCUAUUUUGGUGUCAGUUUUUCAAUAAAGUUUUGAUUAUGGGCAAAAAAAAAAA